GAAAAACACAAAAAACAAAAAUCAAAAUCAAAUCCUCUGAAAAACCCUUCACUUCUCUUCACUUUCCUUCGAAAAAUGGACGAAGAAGAUCAAACAAAGCUCAUAGAUCUCGUCAAAGAGCUGGUUAAUCGUUUACUCGCCGAAUCCCCGCAACAACAGAACCCUAAAAACCCUAAUUUCGAAGCCUCUCUUCGCUACGCCGUUCGCAUUCUGUCCAGCCGUUUAACGCCGUCAAUUGCGCCCGAUGCAGCCGCUAUUGCUGAGUCCAUUAAGCGCCGUCUCGCCACUCAGGGUAGGUCUUCCGAUGCACUCACUUUUAGUGAUUUGUUCACUAAGUUUUCAGCUAAAACAGGGACUGGUAGUGUUAAUAAUAAGUGGGCUGUUGUUUAUUUGCUUAAAAUUAUAUCUGAUGAUCGUAAAAGUAGUAAAAAUGCUGUGAAUUCGUCGAAUUUGUUGCCAAAUUUCGGGUUAGAUGGUCAUGGAUUUAGUAAUGGUUCAAAUGUUUCGAAUGGGAAGGAGAAUAAAGAAUUGGGUUGGAGAAAUAAUGGAGUUUUGAUGGUUAGUAAAGAUCCUGAGAAUUUGCGCGAAAUCGCAUUUAAGGAGUUUGUGAAUGUGGUUAAGGAAGAGAAUGAGGUGAGUGAAGAGGUGAUUGUGAGAGACGUGUUGUAUUGUUGUCAAGGAAUUGAUGGUAGAUAUGUUAAGUUUGAUGCUAGUGUUGAUGGGUAUGUAUUGUUGCAUUCAGUUAAGGUGCCUAGAGCUACUCGUGUUAUGGUUAGGAAGCUUUGUGAAUUGGGUUGGCUGUUCAGGAAAGUGAAAGGGUAUGUUUCGGAGAGCAUGGAUCGAUUUCCAGCUGAAGAUGUGGGGACAGUUGGGCAGGCAUUUUGUGCUGCAUUGCAAGAUGAGUUAUUGGAGUAUUACAAGUUGUUGGCUGUGCUUGAGGCGCAGGCGAUGAAUCCAAUUCCAUUGGUUUCAGAGAGUGCCAAUGCGGGGAAUUAUUUGUCCUUGAGGAGAUUGUCGGUUUGGUUUGCAGAACCAAUGGUGAAAAUGAGGUUGAUGGCUGUUUUGGUUGACAAGUGUAGGGUUUUGAGGGGUGGAGCGAUGGCUGGAGCUAUUCAUUUGCAUGCUCAACAUGGUGAUGUGCUUGUGCAUGAGUUUAUGACACGCUUACUUAAACGGGUGUGUUCUCCACUGUUUGAAAUGGUAAGAAGUUGGGUUUUGGAAGGUGAGUUAGAGGAUAUAUUUGCUGAGUUCUUUGUUGUGGGUCAGCCUGUGAAAGCUGAGUCACUUUGGAGGGAAGGAUACCGGCUUCAUUCGGGGAUGCUUCCUUCUUUUAUUUCACAAUCUCUUGCUCAGAGAAUUCUGAGGACUGGAAAAUCUAUAAAUUUUCUACGUGUUUGUUGUGAUGAUCGUGGUUGGGCUGAUGCAGCAACAGAGUCUGCAGCUGCAGCUGGGACUACGACUAGAAGAGGGGGUCUUGGAUAUGGAGAAACCGAUGCACUUGAGUCUUUGGUCAUAGAAGCAGCAAAAAGAAUUGAUAAACAUUUAUUGGAUGUUAUAUACAAGAGGUACAAGUUCAAAGAACAUUGUCUUGCAAUAAAACGAUAUUUGCUACUUGGGCAAGGUGAUUUUGUUCAGUAUCUUAUGGAUAUUGUAGGGCCCGAACUUUCUGAGCCUGCUAAUACUAUUAGCUCUUUCAAGCUUGCUGGAUUGCUGGAAAGUGCAAUUCGGUCAUCUAAUGCUCAGUAUGAUGAUCCUGACAUAUUGGAUAGGUUGAGGGUUAAGCUGAUGCCCCAUGGAACUGGAGAUAGAGGUUGGGAUGUAUUCUCACUGGAUUAUGAUGCAAGGGUUCCUCUAGAUACAUUAUUCACAGAAUCUGUUAUGGCAAGAUACUUAAAAAUUUUUAAUUUUCUGUGGAAGCUCAGACGGGUGGAACAUGCACUUAUUGGAGCUUGGAAGACAAUGAAACCCAACUGUAUUACUUCUCAUUUAUUCACUAAGCUGCAACAUGCAGUUAAGUUACAGUUGCUUUCAACAUUGAGGCGAUGCCAGGUUCUUUGGGAUGAGAUGAAUCAUUUUGUUACAAAUUUGCAAUAUUAUAUUAUGUUUGAAGUCUUGGAGGUGUCGUGGUCUAAUUUUUCAAAUGAAAUGGAAGUAGCCAAAGAUCUUGAUGAUCUACUUGCAGCACAUGAGAAGUACCUUUAUUCGAUUUUUGAAAAAUCUCUCCUUGGUGAACGGUCCCAAUCCCUUUACAAGUCUCUCUUUCUCUUGUUUGAUCUCAUACUGCAAUUCAGAAGUCAUGCAGAUCGGUUGUAUGAAGGAAUUUUUGAGUUGCAAUCUAGAACCAUGGAAUCAUCUUUAAGUUCCCGAGACAAGAGCAAAUCAAGGAGGCAAACAAAAGAUAAAUCUUCAGAGCCGGGGUCAUGGCUUAGUGAUGGCAGGAAGGCUCUAACACAACGUGCUGGAGAAUUUCUUCGAAAUAUGGAGCAAGAGCUGGAUGCAAUAGCAAAAGAAUACAAGUCAUUGCUUGAGGGUUUCUUAGCUCAGUUGCCUGUGCAGCAACACGUUGAUUUGAAAUUUCUCCUGUUCCGACUUGACUUCACAGAAUUUUACAGUCAGUUGCGUCCCAAUGUGUAGGAAAGCUGUCAAUAUUUUUGAAUCUAAGAAAUCUGCUUCUAACGUUUGAUGCAUGAACAAAGUGUUCUGAUUCACUAAUUGCUUGCCACCAUGCAACUAAACAAUAAUGUGGUGCCCUGCUACUUUCAGGCCACCAGUUCAAGUUUCAGUGAUUGAUUUUAGAUGGUGAGUGCUUUUUUCUGAUGGGUGGAGUGAAUAUUUUCUGAAUAUUUUCUUGUUGACUUGAAGGUGCUGAAGGCAUUGUUAGAUUAUAUUUAAUGCUUUUUAUGAUGGAAGAGUGUGAAUAUUCAUGCCUCAGGUCAUAACGAGCAUUGGGAGUUUAGGGUUUUAAGGAAUCAUAAGUUUGAAAGCCUCCUGUAAUUUGAAACAUGAAAAUCUGUUGGAAGUUUGAACAAAACAGGUGAACUUUCCUCUCAAGGUAAGUAGUUUGUAGUUGAUAUUUACAACUUGCCUCCAUAUCGAAUGGUUCAAGCAUCCCUUUGUUUACUCUUGUAUAGAAUGUGUUGGUGAAUUGAAGCAUCAUCAGGCUGAGGCACAUCUUUAGUUGAGAAUUAGUGAUAGACUUCAUGAACUGACGGAAUUUUUAAGUCUGAACUCUAGCGUGCCUGAAAAUGUUCUAAUUGCUCCAUAUGUAUAGGUGACAGUUAGCUUGCUGUUUGAUUUCCUUUCCCGGUUUUGGGCC